AUGGGCAAGGAGCAUCAAGAAAAAGAAGAAGAGCAAAAGCAGCGCAAGAAUUCAUUGAGGAGUAAAGCAGCCCACUUUUUAUCUGAUCUAACUACUGUUUAUCUCAAUCCCAUUUCUGAAAAACCCUCAAAGUCACCUCCUCCACUUGAAGAGAAGAAUGAAUGUAGUCAGCUAGAAUCAGGCUCGAAGGACGGCUCUGGGGACUCUGUUGAUGGUCCUGAUACAUCUUCUUUUACUGCCUUUUUAUAUUCUUUAGUAGCAUCCUCAGAAUCUCAGACUAAUUCUAAGUUUGAUGGAGAAAACAUGUCUCUCGAGGAUCAGUUUAAACCAUCAUCUGAACCAACAACGAAAGAAAAUGGCAGGAAGAAGAGUUUGUUUUCGAGGGGUAAACAAUCACUUGGCAGAGCUUUCUAUCAAGCAGCUAAAUUAAGUGGCUUUCGAAACCAAGGCCCCAAAGGCAGUUCUGUUAUGGUAACUGAUGAUGGAAGUAAUUCUAAGGCUUCCCAAGAUGAGGAUAUUCAAAUGAAAACUUCAAAAGAGACAUUGCCUUUGGACAAUCUUCCGGAGACUUCUGAACCUUCGUUGCUUCUCUCUGAGAAAACUCGCAGUGUUCUUUAUGCUGCACUCCCAGUGACCGUCCAGGGACUGAAAUGGGUAUUGUUAUACAGUACUUGGAGGCAUGGUAUAUCACUUUCGACAUUGUACAGGAGAAGCAUGAUUUGGCCUGGCCUCAGUCUGCUGGUUGUUGGGGACCGUAAUGGCACAGUUUUUGGUGGCUUGGUUGAGGCACCCUUGAGACCAUCAAAUAAGAAGUAUCAGGGAACGAAUGAUACAUUUGUUUUCACAAAUAUAUCUGGCCAUCCUCGUAUAUUUCGUCCCACAGGUGUGAACCGCUAUUUUACUUUGUGCUCUACGGAUUAUUUAGCCUUGGGUGGGGGUGGUCACUUUGCGCUCUAUUUGGAUGGAGAUCUACUGAGUGGAUCAAGUUCGUCCUCGGAGACAUAUGGAAAUCCCUGUUUGGCGCACGCUGAAGAUUUUGUAGUGACUGAAACUGAGCUAUGGGGCUUUGUAUAUGCUUCCAAGUAUGACGAGGUGAUGUCUUCAUUGCAAACAGAAGUUCCAGGAAUUAGCAGGCUUGCUUCCAUCUGA